ACAUACGGAGGAUGAGAGAGAUCAUGACCUGUGCAAACAGUUGAAAGAAAGACGUGAUGCACAAUCAAAGAAUGUUUGGAAUAGGCUAGAAACUGGAAACUACUCUGAGCUUCCCCGCAAUCGAGAGAGAUACCAUCCGUAUCAACAUAGCUUCGGAGCUCUUUCAAGAGAGAGGACCAGAGAUACUGCGUCAUCGUCUGAAUGGAGACCAAAACGUCCCCAAGGAAACCACUAUGAGAAGCAAGUGACAAAACAUAAAGAUCAGGGAUAUAUGAGCUCCAGAAGUAGGACAUCCUUGGACUCGCAGAGAACCAUUUCAGAGAACCCACGACGAGAAGGCCACCGUUCUUUUAAUCGAGGACGGAACUCAAGAUCCCCUCCCUCGGGGGAUGUGGAGUGGAGACCAACAAAUGCUAUGGCAGAGACCACAAAGAAAGCCACAGGAGAAGAAUGGAAUGACGCCUCAGCAAGUAUUAGAAGUAAUUUUAAAGCACCUGCACUAGAUAAAGAGGCACAAACUACACAUGAUUUGGAUACCAGAGCAGAGGAUAGAAUACAAGAAGAAGAAAUGGGUAAAAAUAAGGAUGAUGCGAUGCAGUUAAAUGGUCCAGAUCAUGAGAUGCUGGUAAGGGAAGUCCUUGGAGAAGGAUAUGAGUCUGAGAAGGCGAAGAUGGAGAGAGAGCUAGAGGAAAAUAUUGAGGAAUAUGCUGAUCUAGUUGGAACAGAAGAUCUGAUUACUGAGGAUGAGCUUCGAGAUGAUAUCGAGGAUAUGGAGAGACAUAUGCACACUGAAGAAACAUAG